CAUUCCUCAAGUCAUAUAAUGACUAUGUCUACUGUAUGCAAACCUACUUCCGGAAGCUGUACAGAUUUAGACCUGGUAUUGAUGAUGUGUUACAGCCUAUAACAUCCUUGGCUAAUCUGCCGACUGCCAUGUGCAGUUUACGGGCCCAUGUAGUCCGGGGUGCAUCAUUGAUACGGCUGAUACAGCGGUAGCUACGCUCCUGAUAGGAACAUAAUCGUAAGUAUGACGUCAUCGGAUGAUUUAACAGAAGCUUAAUAAAAAUAUUGAAAACCCCCACUAUAUAAAGUUAAAUCAUUUUGUUUAUGUUGGAUACACGAUCAAAGUACGUUUAUAUUAACUAGAUAUAAUAAUAAUAAUAAGCUCGCCAUUCCGGCGUCGGUUAUUGCCUUAUUACAGUAAAUUGUGUAAUCGUUCGGACCAGUCGGACGUCAUUAUAAAAUUAUCAUUCUUUUGUUACCAAAAACACACAAAAAAUAACACAUUUAAAAUAUGUUACCGGUAUUGAAGCAUGUUUAAAUAAAUUAACUAUAAAAAUAUUUUCGACAUGUACCUAAUGUAUCCUGAAAAGUGUAACUUGUGUGCUUGUGAUUAAUGCUAAUAUGAUGAAUAUUAAAAAGGUAUUGUUUUAAUUAAGCUACAUGAGCCAGUGUUUAUUUUUUGGUUUUAUAUUAUCCAAACGCUGUAAGUACCUAGGUACAUCAAAUAUAAAAAUGGAAGAGGUUUCUUUAAGAAUUGGUUUUAAUAUUUUCAAAGUGAACAGAGAGCUUUUGUGUAAGUAUAGCGACUACUUUCGGACAAUGUUUAAUGGAUGUUGCGUUGAAUGGAGCGAAAAACAGGAAUUUAAUAUAAAUGUAAGUAUGUAUUUUUAAAAUUUUCAAGUUCAUUAGUUCAGUUGUAAAUAAUACUUAUGCGUAGGUAUUAUGUAUUGCUAUUUGCUAAGUAGCUGGAAAGAGUUAUCUUUCGACUCUCUCGAUGGAGAUGCGAAAGACACCGAGUUAGCGCAUAACCUCGCGAAACUAUUAUAGGCUACACUUGUCUGGCCUUUUUACUCUGGGGCUUUUGAGGCUUUUGGGAUACUUUGGCCCUGUUUAAUGUCGUAAUAUAUAUUUUAUACUUACUCAAAAAUUGUACUAGUAUGUUUCCACGCAAAAUGGGUAGCAAAAUUGUAAUUCGUGAACAUAAAAUACUAAACACAAGUGAAAAGAAGCAAUUCCCAUAUUUUUAAUUUCUUAUCAUAUUUCAGAUGCAGGACCCUAAUAUAAUAAGUAUUAUAAUUAAAUUCAUGGAAACUGGCAUAAAGGAUUUAAAUAAAUAUCCUCUUUCAAAGAUUAUUGAAAUUUCAAUGGCAGCAAAUUUUCUACAAAUAACAGAACUACAACAACAAAUACAAGAAAUGUUAUGUUUCAAAUUGAGUGAGAGUAACUGCUUUGAGUUUAUGGCAGUUGCUGAAGAAUUGUGUUAUACACUACUUGAACAAUACUCUGCAUCAUACGGACUAUUCUCUUUUAAAUCAAUGAAGCCAGAGCACAUACCAACAAUUCACAAAUUAAUAUGGUAUCUCUCCCACCCAUAUUUGGAUUCUCAAAAUGAAUUGCAUGUUUUUGAAUUUGGCUUGAAAUGGCUUUUCAAGAACCAUAAGUUGGAUUCUAUACUACACAUUUUUGCUUGUUUAGAUAUGAGUAGAGUUUCAAAUGAAACUCUGACAGAUAUAAAAGAAUUCCUGGGUGAUUACGUCAACCAACUUUCUGACAGUUUGAUCUUAGAAGUUAUAGAUUGUCUCUUGGUUCUAACAGGUCAAGAACUGGAAAUUUCAGAGUUAAGUUUGUGUAAGCACAAAGUAGAGUUAUGUCAGAAGUUCUCUGAAAGAGUUUGGUCCGAAACAUUAAGUGUAGUCAAAGAUAGUAGAUCACGCCUCAUAAAAUAUGUCCCUGUGGUACCGAUUUGUAUUUCGAAAAAACAUAAUCCAGAAUUGUUGCCACAUAGUUUGUACAUUUUUGAGGAUGACAAAGGUUUUAAGGAAUAUCUGGAGGUGGUAGAGGAAAGUCUUUGGGGAUGGAAUGUCACUGCGUGGGGUUUGACAAGACUAAUAGUUGUUUGUGGCGAGUACGGAAGGAAUACAGGGAAUUUUAUCAGGGAUAUCAAGGUAUAUUAUACUUUUAUGAAGAAAUGGAUACAUUUCGGCGUGCAUUUACCACCGAGAAGGCACGCUGGUGUCACUACUUUGGGAGAUCUUCUGUAUAUUAUUGGAGGUGUUGGCGAGCAAAGAAAAUUUUUAGCCACAACCAUUGUCUAUGAUUUAAAACAAAGGAGUUGUAGAAGCGUAGCAAACUUUCCCGAGGCAAUAGUAGUUCCGGCUGUUUGUACACACAAUAAUAAAGUGUACGCAGCGGGGAAUCAAAACAUUUACCGUCACGAAACUCGUGAUGACAAGGAUUAUUGGGAGGUGGUUGUGAGCACUGGUGGAAAAAUGACGCAUUUACAAUCAUAUAAAAAGUAUAUUUAUUGUAAGAAAACAAAUUCCAGAUUAUAUAGAUUCGAUCCUGAUGUCGACGAAGAAUUGGAACGCAUAACUUCGUCUUCCAUUCAACCAGCUUUAAUUUGUAAUUUAGGUAAUGAUAUAAAGGUUUUCAACCAGACGGACCAAGAUAAAGUAUUAAUAGACGAGUUUAAAGAAGAUUCGCUAGAUUCUAAGCCAAGGCUCGUAUCUACGCCAAUGGAAAACAUGAGGCUCAACAGCUUGGCUGGUGCUUGUUCCUUAAUUAUGACUGUGCCUCCUAUGUGUGCAGACCUUUCGCAGUACCAUAGACAAUACCUCGUGUCAGAAUAAUAGAGAUCAACUUAAAAUUACAAGGCAUUCUGCAGGGGUAUUAAGUAGAUCGGUGUACGUACCAUUCAAAUGAGUCACUACAUAAUUUUUUAGUUUUUAUGAUCAUCUAACAUACUUAUUUCACUAUUCGCUAACUUAGUCUCUAUUAAAAUGAACAUCAGAUCAACUGAGAAAUAUCAUCUAGGUACGUACUGUAUGCUAUCCACGGAGGGUUGUCAGUAGGCACCGGAUGACAUUUGUUACAUAUAAUCUUAAUUUUGUUUAUGUCAACUACGUCAAAAGUUAGUAAAUUACCCUAGUACGAUUCUACAACCAAGUGACAGUGAUUAUUUGUAACUAGAUUAUCAAGUAAAAUAACUACAUCAGCUAUUAUUAUGGCCAUUCAUUUAUUAUGGCCAUUUAACGUAAAAUAUUUGUUGAAAACACCAUAAUUACAAAAACGAAUUAUACGAUGAAUUACGAUUUGGUAAGUCGUUGUUUUAUGGUACACCGAGAUACAUAAUAACCCUACAGUACGUAGGCCUAGUGUGGGGCUAACAUGCGACCAACGAGUCUUGUGAAGAGAAAUAGACAAAAUUCAACCAAUGGCGGUGCAACCGGAAAUACCGCUAGGUAUCUCUUUCAUUGCAUUGAUAUAAAAAAGAUUGGAUAGCUCCGCCGCUAUUGGACGGUAAUUUUUUAGAGAUUUAGAAAUAUUUCUCAAGUGUGGUCAUUAAAAAUCGUCCAUGACAACAGAUUUAAAUCCAUGUAAAUAACAAAAAAAAAACGAAGAAACGAAGUUUGCCAAUGGUAAUAAAUUAAGGUGACUAUAUUUUUUUCAAUAUCUGUGAUAUAAUCUGAUAAAACCUAGAAAAUUAAUGUUAAUUACGAUCUAGAUAAUAUACAAGUCUGUGGUUUCGAUUACCAGACGUUUUUUUUUGGUGUUUUAUAUAAGUCAAAUUAAGUAAUUUAUGUGUCAUAAACAGUUAUCUUACCCAUAAUAUAAACUUUCUUAAGGGGCUAGAUAGAAGGGUAUGUGUGUAUAGUGAAGUUAAUAUUUAUUUUAUUUUCGCGACACAUACACUAUAUUCAACGCGUUAUCUACUGAGUCGUCUGACCAUCAAUCAUCUCCCUCUGUAUUUAUUGACAUGUCACGUAAUCGUCAUAAUAAGCCUGUUUAUAGUCUUUCUCUGGUGUAAACGUUUUCCAAGUGUUCAUCAUUCAUCAUAAAUGAUGAUACACAGCGCGUUAUCGACUGAGUCGUCUAGCAAACAAUCUUUCCCCUUUCUAUAUAUUGACAUGUAUGUCACUCAUUAGUAGAUAACGCACAUACUAUAGAGCUCAUAAUAAGCCUGUUUAUAUCUUUGAUGUAAACAUUUUCCAAGUGUUCAUCAUUCAUCGUAAUAAAUGAAGAUACACUAGUCAGCGCGUUACCGACUGAGUCUAUAUAUUGACAUCUAUGUCACGGAUCAGUUGAUAACGCACAUUAUACUAGAGCUCUCUGUUUAUAGUCAGUCUUAUAUGUAAACUUUUUCCAAGUGUUAAAUUAAAAUAAGAGAUUGUUGUUAUUAAUUUACAUUUAUUUCGACAUUCAUGUACAAACAUACUAAUUUGUUUAAUAAUAAUAAUUGUGUACAUACAUUUUGUACAAUAAAUCUAUAGUAAAAUUUACGUUUUAAUAUUGUUAACUUAUAUUAACGCGAUAGCAUUUCAUGCGAACUUAGUGACUAGCGGUCAACGAUUAAUAAAAUAUACUUAAUUCUUUGCAUUGUAUGUUUUUUUUAUUUUAAAAUAAUUGCAUAUAUUCCUUGAUUUCGACAUUUAUUGUGCGUUCCAUACAGAAAACAAUCUUUGUACUAUUUUAUAUUUAUAUACCAAUAAAUAAAUUUGAUUGCUCCGCUAGUUCAUAUGUAUAAUAAUAUAGUUAGAAUAAAAAAUAAUUCUCUAAAAAUAUGCCAUCCACUCAACACCAAUGUUAUUUACAAUGUAUACUAAAACAGAAAAGCAAAUAAUAUUAUUAUUUUUGUAAUAAUUAAGGCCAC